UAUAUCUGGGAGGGGGCGGGUACGCCCCUUCCUUUAGUGCGCGUCCGCCCGCAGCGCAGCAGCCACCCAUUCAGCGCGCCCGCAGUCCGAGAAGAUGGAGGACAGCGCCAUGGACAUGGAGAGCAUGGGCCCCCUGCGCCCCCAGACCUUCCUCUUCGGCUGCGAGCUUAAAGCAGAUAAGGAGUAUCAGUUCAAAGUAGACGAUGAAGAAAACGAGCAUCAGUUAUCUCUGAGAACGGUUACUUUAGGCGCUGGAGCCAAAGAUGAAUUACAUGUUGUAGAAGCAGAAGCAUUGGACUAUGAAGGCAACCCGAUUAAAGUAGUACUGGCAUCUCUGAAAAUGUCAGUGCAGCCUACGGUUUCAUUAGGUGGCUUUGAGAUCACACCACCCGUGGUCUUGAGGUUGAAAUGCGGUUCGGGGCCUGUUUACGUUAGUGGUCAACAUCUCGUAGCAUUAGAGGAAGAACCAGAAUCAGAUGAUGAGGAAGAUGAUGCAAAAAUUGUGAACACUUCCACAAAGAGACCAGCAAGUGGGGGAGGAGCUAAAACACCACAGAAAAAAGCAAAAUUGUCAGAAGAGGAUGAUGAGGAUGAUGAAGAUGAUGAGGAUGAUGAUGAUGAGGAUGACUUGGAGGAAGAUGAGGAAGAAAUGAAAACACCAGUGAAGAAACCUGUCCGUGAGGCUUCAGGAAAAAAUAUGCAGAAAGCAAAGCAAAAUGGAAAAGACUCUAAGCCGUCCACACCAGCAUCUAAAUCAAAAACUCCAGAUUCCAAGAAGGAUAAAUCCCUAACUCCAAAAACACCAAAAGUUCCUCUGUCGUUAGAGGAGAUUAAAGCAAAAAUGCAAGCGUCCAUAGAUAAGGGUUCUUCCCUUCCGAAGCUGGAACCCAAAUUUGCCAACUAUGUUAAGAAUUGCUUCAGGACGGAGGACCAGAAGGUCAUUCAAGCUCUCUGGCAGUGGAGACAGACUCUGUAAGAAAAGAAAACAGUUUAAACAGUUCAUUAAAAUCUGCAGUCUUAUUUCUGUAACCAUUAUUUGGCUGUCCUUUUUACAAAUGCUGAAAGAGCUUUUCCCUACUGUGUCUGAUAAAUGUCAUCCAGAUUACCUUGCCAAGAAUGUGUUGUCCAAAAUGCCUGUUUAGUUUUUAAAGACGGGACUCCACCCUCAGCUUCAUUUUAAGUAUGUAUGGAAUGUUUUGAUAAGGCAUGGUGGUGGUGGUGGUGGUCAGACAAAUGGAAAUGGUGGGGAGACUAAAUGUACGUGGAAAAAAAAUAAAAUUUAGUAUUUUAAUAAAGUA